CUGACCGCUGCCUUGGACUAUCUCCUCUCAAAUGCUGUUCAUGAUGUCGAAAUUGUCGCACUUGAGAAAGCGUGCGGCGUUGGAGUGACUGUCUCUGCCGAUGAAAUCGAAGACGCAGUUACCAGCGUUAUUGAGAAAUACAGCAAACAACUGGUAGCUGAACGAUAUGCAUUUAAUGUUGGAAAAUUGCUUGGAGAAAUACGCUCACUCUUGCCUUGGGCUGAUGGAGGUUACGUAAAGAAAGAAGUGGAUCUUCGAAUUCUCGAACUUCUUGGCCCCAAAACUAUCGACGAGAUUUUGCCAAGGAAAAAGGCAAAGAAAGAAGACAAACCACUCGAGAAAAAAGUCGCGGGUAAGAAGGGCGUAGCGCUUGAAAAAGAAGUCACUACAGAGCAGAACGGUCUAAUCGAGGAGAGCGAUGGUGCAGCAACGAUUGAGGAGCUCAUGCGUACACGAGCUCAUUUCCACAAGGUUGGCGAAAAUUAUACCACUGACGGAUACGUCACUACUCCGCACACGAAGGAGUUGCUAAGGAAACACCUUGAAGCCACUGGAGGAAAGGUGACAGUUUCC